AAUAAAACAGCAGCUACACAAGACUUUUUCGUAAGGUUCACGUAGCCUUAUCCUUUCAAAUCUUUCUCCGAAUCUCAAUCAUAUAUAUGACACUAGAGCUUGUACAAGUUUUGAGACUGCCACAUAGAAAUAAACAAUGACGAGCAAGACUUUUGCUUCUCCUAUGUUCAUCUUCUUUUGGCUUUUGAUGAUUUCCAUCAUUUUAGUCCAACCCGCUCUCUCUGGACGGACGCUUGGCAGCAGCGGUGGUGACGCCACGAUUGGAAUCAUUCCAGGUGGUCCUCACAAGGCAACUGGUGGUGACGCCACGAUUGGAAUCAUUCCAGGUUAUCCUCCCAAGGCAACUGGUGGUGACGCCACGAUUGGAAUCAUUCCAGGUUAUCCUCCCAAGGCAACUGGUGGUGACGCCACGAUUGGAAUCAUUCCAGGUUAUCCUCCCAAGGCAACUGGUGGUGACGCCACGAUUGGAAUCCUUCCAGGUGGUGGUACAAGUUCUCCUACUAACUCUGCUCCUAAAGCUGUAGGCCGUGGACCCAUAGGUUAUGGGCCGUUACACAGGCCUCCAAUUUGCAACAAACCAAUAUACGCGCGAUGCUUGCCGGCCCCGCCAAGAAGACCAUGUAAUUAUUAUAGCUUUUGCCGACCCCCACUCCCACCAAAAUAAAGUUGCCAAUAAAGCGGACUCGACCCGAUCAACCCCUACUAAUAAAGUUGGACCGAUACUGCUCCAACUGCAGCUAAGCUCAUAUAACACUGAGCCCAUGCAAUAGAAAUAUACGCAUGGAUUAGACGUUUUGAGAAUGUUUUUAAAAAAGUUUACGAUAGUGUGAAAAACUUUUAAUGUUGAUAUUUAGAUAUUUUGGGAGUAUUUGUGGGAGUAUGAUACUGUAGUAUUAUAUUUAAAAUAUUUGUUUAUGAAAAAACGGUAAAUCCGUGUAGACCUACAUUUCAAGUGUUUGUAAAAAAUUAAAUAUAUGAAGAGAUUGUAUAUGUGUUGAUUGUAA